AAGAAAGACACACUCAUGUGGAUCUUCUGCAAAGGUAGGGGGUCCAAGAACUGUUGUGUCUGUGUGGAAAAGCGGCUGAUGUCCGUGGUGUCCUUAACAAAAUGAGGCGGUGGCCUUUUUGGCCUAUGAACACGACAAUCUUCGCAUCAUCUGGCCCAUGCCUUUGCGUGCGGGUUCCCUUUACGCCUGGCGUGGCUUUGCAAGCGACACGGACUCAACUUCUGCCCACGCCGACUACGCGCUGUCUCAAGUCUGCGGCGGGGCUGCAGACGCAGUCAGCCGCCCUCUUUUGAGAGUUCCAUGUUUGUCUGAGACUUCAGCCGCACCCAUGCGAUGAGUUUUCAUGGCGGCGUCACGCACGCUGCCCCAUUGGUUUUCUUUCUCAAUGUUCUGGCUGCUUCCCAUAGCGCAUUCGACAGCAAGGGCAUCAUGCGGCGGCAGAAGGUUCUCAUGACUAUGACAUCAGAUGGGCAGAUGAGCUCAAGCUGGUGGCUUUCAGACGAUGCCGAGAUGCCCGCUGAGGGCUUCCUCUACCACGUGGCCUUCGAGAUGGAUAAUCGACUCAUGUGCUGGAAGAGGGAGACAGAUGGAUGCCGACAGUUCGCCGGAGAUUGCGAGGUGAGAUACUGCGAGCCGUAUCAGGCCGAGUGCGAAUGCAUGGUUGUCAAGGUGAAGCAAUGUGAAGACCACAUGGACAUCCUGACAGAAGCGGAUUGGGACCCAGAUCCACAGAAGACUGGAUCUUUGUAUACCAAGUUCUGGAGGGCCUUGCGUGUGCAGUACUACGACCCCUCCCGCUGGGGCAGCGACGACACUGAUGCGGGCAAAGGUUUGGAGACUUCCUUGAGCUGCAUGAAGGACAAGGGCUGCGGGUGCAACAGCAACAAGUGGUUCCACUGGAAGUAUCCCAAGCUCGGCGGCAACCUGUACUGGGCGGCAGGCAACGAGAGCAUCGGCCCCUCCGGUCGCCCGGGAGUCCGAAGUCUGCAGAGCAUCGUGGUCCGGUCGUACAACGACGCCGGGGAGGCGAGCAACAUGUACUUCGUGCAGAAAGGCGUGGAGCUUCGACCCACGACUACCACGACAACUGCCACGUCAACCACCACAACCACCACAACCACUAGAACCACCACCACGCACAAGAUCACAACGCCCACAACUAGCACACUUACCACACAAGCUGCCACCACCGCCACAUCAACGGCACUUGCGGCCACUGAAGAUGCAAUAAGAAGGGAACGGCGAAGAAAACGGAGGCGAAGACGGAGACGGUUGCAACCAGACCAGGCAGAACAAAAGGACGGCCCGUCCUCGGCCAGCAACCAGAUUCCACAGGAUGGAAAUGCCGAAGAUGCCGAAGACUCACAGCCAGCUUCAUCUGAAGCACGCCAGAGGCAAAUCGAGGCCGGAGACGAGGCCGGCGACGAGGCCGGAGACGAGGCCGGAGACGAGGCAAGUCCCUCACCGUCCAAGGCCCGUCGCCAACGCCGACACCGACGCCGGCGUGGCACGUCUAAGCCUUCAAGGACAUCGAAUCCCUCAAAGUCGACGAAGCCUUCCUCGCAGACGGCCAGCGCAGUCUCAUCGACCACACUGAUUGCAGGGACGACCUUCACUAGCACCACCACUACGACCACCACCACAAGCAGCACGCAUACCAGUACCACCGGGACAACCACAACCCGGACCACCACGGAAGAAAUUCUGGAGAUUGAGCCGGAUGAGGAAGAGGUGCGUCAGUCGACAGCGACCACGACAACGACAACAUCUACAACUACUACCUCCACCACGACGACAUCCACAACGACAACGACCACCACCACCACAUUUACCAAUACGACCACUACCAGCACCACCACCACGACCACUACAACUACAGAAACGACCACUGCGACUGGCACAAGCACCACCACAACUAGCACGUCGACCACUAGCACUACGACCACUGAAACCAACACCACAACCACUGAGACAACGACCACCACCAAACUACUCAAACGUUUGCGUGACAAGGCCAACGACAAAGACUCCCCCAAGAAGUCUUCCAAGAAGUCUUCCAAGAAGCCAAAUAAAGACAAGAAAAAGAAAGCCCCCAAACGCCGCACGACGAAAAGAACUACGAGAACGACAACGACAACGACAACGACUACCACGAGGAAGACGACUACAACACGGACCGCCACAACAACGACCACGGCCACAACCACUACAGCCACGGAGACCUCCACGACGGUCACGAUAACCACCACCAGAACCACCACCACGCUGAACGCCACGGAGGCGAAGGCGGCCAAGGAGGCCGGGGGCUCCGCCUUCAAGGCCGCGAAGGACGCCGGGAUGUCGGACUCCAAGGCGGCCGAGCACGCGGCGCGAGUGGCAGGCCUGGCAGCUCAGAAGGCAGCGGUGGCCUCGGGCAAGACCAUCAACGAGAUCGCCUCGGCUGCGGCGGACGCCGCCUACAAGGCCGGCAAGGCCGCGGGCAUGCGCCUGAACUUCACCGCCGCGGAGGCGGCCGCGGCGGCGGCCGGCAGCGCGGCGGCGGAUGAGACCGCCUCCAAUGGCAGAAGCAAGAAGGAGGUGGUCAAGGCGGCAGCAGAUGCUGCGCGCAAGGCCGGCAUCGCCUACGGCAUGACUCGGGCGCAGGCGGCCGCGGCGGCGGCCACGGCCGCGGGCCUGGCGUCUGUUAACCAAGAUGCGGUAAAGAAUUCGGGAUCUACAGUGCCUCCCUCCACGACAACAAGCACAUCCAGCACCUCCACGGCUGCGACCAAGAGCACGACCAAGGCGAAGGCGUCGACAACACCGACGACCACGAGCAAAGCGAGCGCCAGCAAGGCAACAACCACCACUGCAGCACAAAGCACGUCACAGGAAGAAUUCCAGUCCACCAGUGAGACAUCUACAACCUCUGAUGGGGAUGAAGAAGGCUCGCCAGAAGGAUUGGAUGAUGAAGAAUCCACUACUGGGGGAGAAGAUCCAGGUUCUGAUUCUGAAAGUACCACCACAGAAUCACCUGACGAAUAGAGUUUCACUCUCGCAACGCCACAUACACCGGCGAAAAAUAUGCGAAGCUAUGCAUACCGACUGUAGUGCUGGGAGUGCUUGCUGAUCUUCAUUGUGCAAUUGUAGGAAAGUAAUCCAGCCACCUGCAACCCGCAGAACCCUGGAUUCUGUGCGUUACAGGGUUCGUUCCCUUGUUCUUCUUGCUCCCUCCGACCCAGGGUUCCACUAUUUGACU